UAAUCACUGACAGUUUGAGGAAGUGGCCUCUCACCGAACCAUUUCCCUCUUCCACGGUUUCAACUUUCUCUUUCACACGCAGCCCACGCCCGAGAGUGACGAGGAGGAAGGAGCCGUCCGGUGAUGCACACAGAAAUUCCACCGGCUUCCACGCAUCGCCGUGAGUCACAUCCCCAGCCCGGCCGGGACCCGCCUCAUUUGGCCUUGGCCGCUCCCGGGAGAGCGCACAGCAGACGGGCCUGCGGGGCGGGCGGAAGAUGACAGACAGUGAGUUCGGGUACACGCUGUCGCUGGCCCAGGACUACGUGAGGCAUGUCCUGCAGAUCCCGCAGCCCAGCCCGGCCGCCAGCAGAGUGUCCCGGGUCCUGCGGGACGUGGCCUCCUCCGUGCAGGGGGAGGUGGAACAGAACUUGAGACCAUGCUUGGACAGCUUUGACGUGGGGUCCAUCGACACUGCCAGAACCAUCUUCAAUCAAGUCAUGGAAAAGGAAUUUGAAGACGGCAUCAUUAACUGGGGGAGGAUUGUGACUGUGUUUGCCUUUGAAGGCAUUCUCUCCAAGAAGCUCCUCCGGGAGCGAAUUUCCCCGGACGUGGAUGCUUCCAGGGUUUCUUACUUUGUGGCAGAGUUCAUCACGACAAACAUGAGGGAGUGGAUAAGACAGAACGGAGGCUGGGAGGAUGGCUUUGUAAAGAAGUUCGAGCCCAAGUCCGGCUGGCUGACGUUUCUGGAAGUUAUAGGAAAGAUCUGUGAAAUGUUCUCUCUCCUGAAGCAAUACUACUGACCGGCCCACAGGGACACUCCCCAUUGUGAAACGCGCCCAGUUUUCUUGACUUCUACAAAAAGUGUUGCCAACACUUACUUCUAUUUCUAAAUAAACAAAUUUGGUUAUGUAACUUGA